UCUGACAGCCAUAGAUGACACGAUUGGACACGAUGACAGCAUCUCACACUCUAUGCAAUUUAAAAGUUUUUGUUUAUGUUUUUUGUAGAUUGACCAAUUAGUUCAAAAAUACCUGUAAUAGAUAUAUUCAAAAAUAAAAUACCCUAAUAUUUUUAAUAUGGAGCUUAAUUUAAAGUUUAUUUUCAUAACAACAGUUGUGAUAGCAUUGGUCUUAAUAAAAUCAGGUUUUUCUAUAAAAUGUUGGGACUGUAGAUCUGAUGCUGAUCCCAAAUGUUCAGAUCCUUUCGAUAACACAACAUUUGCAAUUACUGAUUGUGCCACUUUGAAAGAAUUGCAUUAUUUGAAAGGUGUGAGGCCAACAAUGUGCAGAAAAAUCAGACAAAAAGUUAAUGGUGUUUGGAAAUACAUCAGAAGCUGUGCUUAUCUAGGAGAACCUGGUAUAGGAGGAGACGAACGAUACUGUCUUUUAAGGACAGGUACUUACAAUAUAUUCAUGGAAUAUUGUACAUGUAACACAAAAGACGGGUGUAACACAUCCUCUCAUUUGAAAUUUUCUCCAUUAUUAUUUUUGUGUACAAUGUCAAUAUCAACAUUUGCUUGGUUAAAGUUAGUACAAUAGUUGACGCCAAUCUUGUAAAUAUUUUAAAUGAUAGAUCUUGUUUUUGUUGAAUUGCAGAAUCUCUUAAUUUUGAUAGAAUAUUGUUUUAAGAUGUUUUUAUGUGGAAAAGAAUCAUUUAAACUGUUGAAAAAUGUACUAAUGAUGCAUAUGGUAUACUCUUUCUCAGAGGCAUCUUUCAGUGCGUCACAAUUUUUCGAUUUCUUUCUAAAGCAUUAAGCUGGAAGUGACAGAAAAAAGGUACAUCCGUGAUCACGGUCAUUUAUAACAUUUAUUCUAGUUGUUGAUAGGUGGCGCUAUAAUCGAACAAAAAAUGAUUUACGAAUUAUAUAUACGACUAUAAAUAAUCUGUAGAAUUUAUAAGACUACACAAAUCAAAGAAAAUACCAUUUUAUAAAUGCAAUAAACACAAUUGAUUUGUUUUUAUACCAAAUUGCAAAUAAAAGGGUUAUACGCUCUGAGCUUCGCUGGUGUCGCUCCUGGCGGAUUACUAAUUCAUCUUUCACCGGUAAUUUUUAAAUUUAUUAUUUAAUUGUUAUCGCUUAAUAUUUACAACGCUAAAAAGUAAUUAAAUUGUAACAGAUUUUUUUAAGAUUUUGCUAAUCAUUUUGACGUUCUAUUGAUGAAAUAUUAAUUUCUUACUUCGUAUACUUUCACAAUUAUCGUGUAGAUGGCGCUAAGAUUAACAGAUUAAUUUAUAAUUACAUAUUACGGAACAUUAAAAAAACGUAAAUUCAGUAUUUAAAACGUAAGUAUAUUCAAGGUAAAAAUUUAUACUACAGCUUUGACCAACUAAUAUUUUUUAUAAUUAAUGUUUUUAAUUUUAAUUUUAAAUUAACCACUUUGACAUUUAUGUCAAAUUUCCGGUAAACGUUUACAGACUUGCCACUACUGGCGCUCGCGAAUUUAUAAAUAUCCCCUCUACAUACGAGCUCACAGCAUAUACUGCAUACCCUUUUCAUAUUUGACUGAUUACGAUUCUGACAACUGUCACAUUUAACUUAAAUGUCAUGUUAGAAUAAAUGUUAUAAAUGUGUAUUAUCACGGACUUACCUUUUUUUCGAUCACUUGUGACAUACUGAGAAUUGCCUCUGAGAAGGACCAUAGCUGUUUUUAUUGUACAUUUUUAUGGGGUAGGUAUUAACUUUAUGCUUAACUGCCUAAGUAAUUACCAUCUUAGCACAACGUAUAAACAAUAUAUAUUAAGUACAUAAAUAUUUUAUUUAUUUUUAUUAAACUUUUGUUUCACAAAUCUUUUAAUAUACUCUAAUAGCAUUUGUUAUGCAGCAUCUCUCUUGAUUUCUUUCUCGUUGAGGCAAUUUAACAAAUGAUCAUGAAAAUUAUUCUUUCUAUUUGACAAGAAAAUAUUGAGGUAUUUUUGUACAAAUCCCAAGUGGAUAAUACGUCAACAUAAUUAAGUCCAUUAUUUCGAAAAGGACACAAGUCCAUUAAAUAGAAUUUCUGUUUCGUUUCAUUAGAAAGGGGCAUUAGUAGGAAAGUCCAAUACUUGUGCCUGCAUUUUCAAAUAAACUUCAAUUUUUGUUUGCCUUUUAUGUUGACUUGGGAUCUAUGAAAAUUUGGCUUUUCACAAACAUGUACAUUUACUUCAAGAAGUAAAAUGGCAUCAAAAAGUGAUAUUUAAAAAAAGUAUGCCCUUUUUGAAAUGAUGUAUUCAGUUGUUAUAUGCACCAGUGGCGGAUCUACGGGGAGGGAAAAAUGGGGAAAUUUCCCCCUAACAAGGUCCAAAAUUAAUGAAAAAAAUUGUUGAAACAUAAAAAUAUAUUAGCUGACAUGAAACUUAAAGCACAGACAGACAAAUUCAACCCAAUAAACACGAUAGUUAAUAAAAUUAAGUGAACUUAAUGGAUAAAGGUUAUUAUUUAUGGUUUUAAUGUAUUUUGGGAUUAUCUUUUUUAUGUCUUUUUGUUAGUGUUUCAUUGGAAGUUCCCCCUAAGGCAAAUUUCCCCUCCCAAGGCAAAUGUCUAGAUCAGCCACUGAUAUGUAUAGUAUGUAUCCUUACAUUCCCAUACUUAUUUUGUCCGUAUUGUAAUACAGUUUAUGAUAUUUUUUGUUAUUUUUUUAUAUUUUUAAAGAUCAGUAGGUAUAUUAGGUAUUACAUUUUAAUUAUGAUAUUGUUUGUACUACAUUUUUAUACUUAUCGUAUAUUUGUAUUUUUCAGUCGAAUAGUUUUUAAAAAAUUGUAUACUUUUAAUUUUUUUUUUGAAAAAAUAUAUAACACAAUAUUUUCUAUUCAAUGGUAGUACGUUUAAAAACGGUAUAUCUGUUAUAACCAGUGAUAUGGAAGAGAGAGGAUAUGGCAUAAACGAUGCUUCUGUAUUUGCUAAAUGGGACCACUUGAUUUGACACUUUGUCAUAGACAAUAUGGCAACGGGCAAUUAUAUGCUAUAUAUGGAAUAUCUGUUAUUAAUUGAUUAUUAAAAUUAUUUAUAUAUUCGUAUAAUAUAAUAUAAUUUUACAAUUAUAUAUUUUAUAUGGAACAGAAUAUACUAACAAAGAGUCGUUCCGCCAUAUUGUAAAGUGCUUCUUGUCAGUGGAACUGAGGCCAUCUACUUUACUGUAUAUCAUAUCCCCUCUCUUCCAUAUCACUGGUUAUAACUAGGUAGUGACUGAUUUUUCACCUUUUAGUGUAUUGCAUUUGUAGUAGAAUUUCUUUUUUUGUGUGCUUUUUACCCACAUGUAUCAUUGCUAGGUUUAUAUUAGAAAAUAUCUACAAAUGAGUAAAUUGUGUAUUGUAAAUGUAACACAGACAUAAAAAUAAAGGAAACUAGUAUUGUUUGAAAUCAAAUAUAAAGUAUUUUUAAUCAAAAUUGUGGUUUAUUCUCUUAAAAUUCAGUAGUUAGUGUAAUGAUUUGUACUGUUAUUUUCCCUAGUUUCCAUUUUAUAUGUUUAAAUCGAUUAAAAUCUUAAAAGUUAUAGAAUGUUUGUAGAUCAGAGUACUAUGGUCAAAUUAUAUAAAUAUUAUUUUCAACAUUGAAUAGAGAAUGUUUCAUUAUUUAGUAUAUGAUAUUGUAUAAGGUCUGAAUAGGAAAAAUUGAGACUAAAAUAAAAGUUAGGAUAUAGAUUAUUAGGUGAUUCUAAGACUUAAUUGACUACUGUAAUGCACGCCGUCCAUUUAUACAAGAUUUUCGUAUAUUUUUACAUUCAAUGUGUUCUUAAUAAAUCUUUUGUUAAAA